AUGUGUGUUGGCGAAAAUUGCGCACCUCAAGCCGUGCACUAUAUUAAUGCGCAGCUCGCGGCUCUGUACGACAACGCACUCUCCUGUGUGAAGGAUCACGGCAACGCACAUAGGUCGGAAGACCGCUUCAAAUAUUCACAUGCCCUGGUCGAUUUCUCGUUUGGGGAGUCGCACGGCGAUGCGAAGUUCCAGGCUGUCUUUAGGAAGCCUGAACUUGAGUUCAUCUGCAACCAUGAUGCGUUCUUCCGUAUCAAGAUUGAGAGUGGCCACUAUCACCUCAAUCAUAGCUCAGAGGCGUCUUUGGAAGGUUCACCCUUCCAAGAGAUUCAUGACUUAGAGGCGGUAUUCCGCGUCAGCUUCGUUCGAAAAGCCAUCAGCGGCCGGGAUGCACAGAUUGGUCGCGGCCAGAAUCUCAUUCAGCUCGUGGUCCUGGAUCUGUCGAAAGGGAAGCUUGUGUCGCUUCGUCCACCUGUCACUAAUGGUAGGGAUGCUCUCUCGUUCUACCUGGAGAAGUAUGUGCAGUUCCUGCAAGACGCCGGAAAUCAUGUCUUCUUCUCCCUCCCGGACUUUGACGACGAUCGCUAUCGCUUGACUAUCGACUACUCCCUCAUCAAUUCCACCGCUACGAGUCUCGACAGCAUUCACGGCAUCUCUUUGCGCGACCUCAAUGAUGGACUCGUGUCCGCGUGGCUGAAGGCCGCCAUGAUUGCAUCCGUUGACGAAGAGGACGUCGUUGACUGGAAGUCUUCCUCUCUCGCGGAGUUCCGUAGCACGGUCGUUUUCCCGGAGGAUGCAAAGACACACUUCCACAUCAGCUUCGGUGCACCUAAGAUCAAGCUCCUGUGCUCGCGCGAAGCCAUCGUAACCUUUAAAAUCAAUGAAGUCACGUUCUAUCCUGGUAUUGACUUCCACGCUGCGCCCCUUUUGCGCUACACCAACUGGGAGAUUGCUGUCCUUGCUGAGAUUCAUCACCUCACAGAAGCUGACGGUUCGGUCGUUAGCUGCCAGAUUGACAUGGAUACGGCGCUCGUCUCCGAGACCUUGUCUGUGUUUGAAGGCUUCGAGCACGCGGACGCGAGUGAUGAAGAGUUUUCCUGUUGGUCCAUCCUGCUGGAGUUCUUCAAGAAGGAAUAUUUCCGUAUCCUGGAGAACGCCAACUAUCACAUCGUCUACUAUCACGACAAGCGUUCUGUCAAACUGGAGGAAGACGAGACCAUCACCAGAGGUACCUGGUCGGACGUUACUGAGACUCGGACUACUACCACGGUCAGCACGGAGGUGUCGAGCCGGAAGGAGAUCCUGUCGAAUUCUGAUAUGUUCGGGUUCCACCAAGUCAUCGCCGUCUCCCAAGCCUCUAUCAAUGAGCAUUUCAACAACCUCUGGCUCAUCAGCAAAACAUCCAAGACCACUGAAGAGAUAUUCUCGCUGUCGUCGUGGACAUACCAGGACACCUUCUCGGCGACGUUCAAGCCCAUGACCUUCCGCCUGUUGAGCGACGGCAGGGCUCUUGUUUUCAUCCAUCUGGAGCGUGGCCAUAUCAAGGUUCAUGAGAAAGGCUCGCAGAAGCACGAAUUUGGUGAAUGCCGUCUUGCCUUCGAAGUGGACCUCAAGAUGUGCAACCAUGCUGAGCUGAAAGGUAUCUCUGAGACAUGGCGUACGAAAUAUCAGAACUCGCAAGCGUACAAACAUCACGGACGUCAGACCGACCGCGAACUCCGUCACAUUUACUUUGACUUCAGCACUGCGGACUUCAUUCACGAGCAUUCGUGCUUGAAAGAGCUGUUCGGUGACAUCAGCGGCAGGCCUAUUGCAAACGUCAAGACUGCGAUUCACCACAUCAAGUCGUUCUACUUCUCUAAGCUGACCGAGGGCGGUCUCCAUCUCCUUCAUACUGUCCCUGUGUGGAAGGAGGGUUCCACUCCUCCUGCGUACGGCCUUACCUCUGCGAUCUUCCAUGUGUACUCGCAGACCGCCGUCAGCUGUCACAACUGGACUCAUACUACCGCUGGCAGGGAGCCCAUCAUCGUGAUCCUCGGUAUGACCGGCUUCGCUCCUAUGAAGGAGCUCCACCUCAAGUUCUCAAGUUCGUGGGUCAUUCGGAUGAACAGUCGCCUCACCUACGGCACCAUUAGCGUCGCCCGGAACAUCUUCGCGCAGGAACGUCUGCUCGACCAGGUCGCACGUAUCAAUGCGGCCACUACUGUAAUUCCUAAGUUCUCGGGCGUGGACCGGGACGUCUGGGAUCUAGAGCUCACGACGUGGGAGAAGCACCCUCAUCGGAAGAACCACAAGUGCAUCUGCGUGCAAGAGAAGGGGCGCGACGGCUACUCGACGUACAAAUGGCAGCAUCGCGAUAUCUGGAACUACGAGCAUGAGGGCAACCAGUACCUCACCAAUGGUUCCUAUGGCGUGUCUUGCUUGACCCAGAAUUUUGUCGAGAUCCCCACGACUAUCAACAACAAGACGUUGGAAAUUAAGGUCUGGGGAGAGGUCACGGUGGAACUGUCCUUCAAGUCCGCCACCACGAACUGGACUGUGAAGUCCGCUUCGAAGUGGGAUGCAUCCUUUGCUCUCGCGACCGAGACUGGUGGUCUGAAAGUCAAGGAAACUGGUCGCAUCGCUCCCGUCAUCGACAAGGCUAUCAUCGUAGGGGACCUUGGCUCCCACGUCGUCGCAUACCAGGAUCCGCAUGACCUGCUCCAGAAGACUCUUCCGUCUCGCAUUGACCUGGAGAAUACCUUCAGUGAGCUCCGUGCCUUCGAAGGGAUCUGGCAGUACAGCUACCCCUCGACUUAUGGCUACACGCUCGCGAACCCGGGCUUCAACGUCAAGGGAGACCUCAUCUUUGAGGCGCGUCCCUGUGGUCUCCAUGUGCCCAUUGCCAGUGCUCGCUCGGUCAGUAUCAGCGCCUCGCGUGCUACGUCGCCUCGCGCAGCAUCGUUCACGCGGACUCUCAGCUCUAGCUUGAAGACGGCCUCGCACACUCUGAGCGAGACUGUUCGCGUUGGAAAUGGUGCCGCUGUGACCAAUGGCAUUGCGGUUCCGCGUAUUGGCACUGUUAAGCUCGACAAGCACUUCAUUCCAAGAAUCAGCGGCGGUGCCACCGUCGAGGUCGACGAAUCUCUCGUCCCCAGAAUCAGCGGCGGUGCCACCGUCGAGGUCGAAGAAACUCUCGUCCCCAGAAUCAGCGGCGGUGCCACCGUCGAGGUCGACGAACCUCUCGUCCCCAGGAUCAGUGGCGGUGCCACCGUCGUGGAAGGCCUUGUCAAUGCCCAUAAUGCCAGCACAGCGAGGGGCGCAGCCAGAGCGAUUAACGACCAUAUUGCUACGGCGAAGGACGUAGCCAGUUCCUUGGUCGAAGGCCUUGUGAUCAGCGACCAGGUUGCCACCGUCACGGAGAGCCACAAAGUCGUUUCGGAGGAGAAGGUCGAGAGGCACGAGGAGCUUGAGACCAGUAAAACCGUGGUCACCGCUGUGGUUUGA